AUGAAUAAGAGGAUGGGAGUGACAGGAAGGAUAAUUGGUGCAAGACUGGAUAAAAGAUGCCAUGAGACAGGUUGCUUAAGACUGAUCAAUAUUAAUCUACCAAUGUUUGAUGGAUUUGACACUUUUAAUAAGAAGCAGCAAUAUGAUAUUGGGAAAGAGCAACAAACAGGCCAGGAAGAUAAAUUAAAUCAGCUAUAA